GCCAGUCGCCAUUUGACACACCAGCGCUAAACAACCGCGCACCGGCCUCCUAGAUCGUCCUGCUCGCCGCUCGCCACGAUCCGAACUUUCUGAGCGUACUUUUCGAACGACGACGGAAAAAAUCCGGUGGUUGUUGAUUCGACACCGGCAGUGCAAUCGGAAGUGCCCCCCGACUUAUCAUGGAUUAGAGACGGUGCCCGCAUCGAGUUCACCGAACAUGGAAUUGUGCACGAUGUUCACCCUGUUCGGAUUAAGGUUCAAACACCUAUCGCACCCCGUGGAACCCCUGAACAGGCGGUAAAAACCUGGAAAAAUGAUAGAGAAAUCGACGAAUCACCGUUUACAAAUUCUUAGGAUAACUCUUAGGUUAUAUUCUAGAUAAUAUGAAAUGAAAAACGUAGAUAGUGGUUUAGUAUAGAAAAGUAGGUAAAAGCAAUACAAACACUUUAAAGAAUGGCUGUUCACAAAUCGUACAACUUGAGGAAACGCUUCGCCAUCACCAAGAACUGGGUGAUUCAGUUCUCCUGUUUCUAUCUGCUCUUCAGCACCAUCAGCAGGAAUUUGGUGAGUUGCGAACGGCUGAGGCACCAUUCGCACUCGGAGGACUUGUACGUGUCGCAGCUUGAGGAUAAUCUGGAGGCGAAAAAAAUCGCCAGUUGUCCGAACUGCGUGUACCGCAACGGAAACAAGGACCAGAAGGUCGAGAGCGACAACCUUAGGUUGGAGGUGAUAAAGAAACAGAUAUUAUCGAAGUUAGGCUUAAGGGAUAAACCAAAUGUGACGUAUAGUCUUCCAAGAGAGGUCGUUCUCGAGACUCUCUACAGGGCGGAAAACAGUGAAUUUUUCAGCACUUACAGGGAUGAGGAUUUUGUUUCUACCACGAGUGCCAGGACGGAGCCGCAGGAGCAGAUGGAUGUGGACGAUUUUUAUGGGAGGACGUCCGAGAUCAUUUCCUUCGCCGAAGAAGGUUCCAGAGUGAACCAGAACCGGCUCCUGGAAUUCAGGGUGAGCUCAGAAGUUGGACAUGCAGGGCAGGAGUUUAACGUUCGCAGCGCCACCUUGUGGGUGAAGGCGGAUCUCGUACGGACCAGGGAACACAAAUGUAGAACUCAAAUAUUCGUCUUCAAAAUCAUAUCGCAGUUACCAGAAUCUAUCACACUUAGUUCACAAGACUUCAACAGAGCAAUGUCAGAGCCCAUCACCCUGGCGCUGGACGAAUCAAGAAGCGGCUGGCAGAAGCUGAAUGUCACCAGCAUAGUGUCAAAGUGGCUGUCAGAGUCGCGAACCGAAAAGCUGCAACUUCUCGUCGAUUGCAGCUGUUGCGGCCAUUGGCACGUCCACAUAUUCAAUAGAGAAAUCGAUAAAAUAAGCAAUAAGAACCGUCCAUUUUUGGUGAUCCGCACGGAUCCAAAUUCGGCCAAGAGAGUGAGGAGGAGAGCGAUAGAUUGCUCGGCUGAGAGUGGGAAUCAAUGUUGUAAACAAAGGUUCUACGUGAGCUUCAAGCAGCUAGGCUGGGAGGACUGGGUGAUAGCGCCGCCUGGUUACUACGCCAACUACUGCAGAGGAGACUGCGGCCACCCUAGGACCCCAGACACCUACAACAAUUUCCAUACGCAUGUGAUAGAAGAGGUCAGGAAGACCCACCAUCUCAGUGGUAUGCAGCCAUGCUGUGCGCCAUUGAAAUUCUCGAGCAUGAGCUUGAUUUACUACGGACCAAAUUUGGAUGUGAUCAAGAGGGACAUGCCUAAGAUGGUGGUAGAUGAGUGCGGUUGUCCGUAGACGAUUGGUCGUUAACGAAAUUAAAGAUAUUGAUCUCGCUUGUAGAGUUGACUCUGUCAUUCGAUGUCUCGGGAAAAGGUUACGAAUAUUUAAACCUCAAGCGUGAAAAAGAAAGAUUUCUACCUGUAAUCUCUUUUAGAAGUUUAGUUUGAACCUUCAACUAGCUGAAGGAAUCAUCAGUGAGUCUAUUUGUUCACUUUUUUGGCUAUAGCAUCAAAAAUAGAGAGGCACCAUUGAGAAAUUGUCACAUGGUUGCGCCACCUAUCGCCAGGUAGCGGAUGUCCUACCCAGGCCACACCUGCCGUUUCUAGAUUUCUGUAAAAUGGAUAUGAACUUCCCGAUAGUGAAUCGCCAUACUACAUUCCUGAACAGAAAAAUUUUUCACCAAAUUCAUUUGAAAGUAACUUUUCCAGUUGUGCAUCGAUUUUGUUGUCUCUUUGUAGCCUAUUUCAUCUUGUUUAUCACCUGAUGUCGAGCCUGCAGGAAUUUCAAUUGAAUUUGAUGGUAUACAAGGUAGAUCUGAAAGUUGUGAACACCCUGAGGAGGUAAUUAGUGACGCCAUGAUGGGUCUCUAAAUGAGUUUUGGAAGCCUGAUCUUCUCUUAACAUUUUCCUGUUUAAUUCACGUCAAUAGCUCCUUCCUGAAAGGAAAUUAUUAUUAUUAUUGUUGAACUCUUUAUUACUUUAAAAUAAGUUUAAUACAUUUUUAUAGAAUUGUGCAAAAGGUGGACAUAUCGCCAUGCAAUUUCUUCCUGCCAACCAGAAAGUGAAUUUCAAUAUUAGUCACACAUGUUCAUUUGACAAUGAAAAAUAGACCCUGUAUAACAGAUUUUGAAGAUUUCAUCGGUUAUUUGAAUUUUCUCCACUAUUUCCUCAAGCAGACAUUCGAAUUGCCUCACCCUUUUUGAAAAUUCUUAGGAGUAAAUAAUGAUAAAAAAAUAAAAGAGUGAAAAAACGCAUGACAAUAAAAACAACUCGGCGAUAGAAUGACUAGAGUCAACUCUGAAUCGAAACAUAAAAACACGAAUUAUCCGAUAGUUAAAUAAAUAAACUCUAAAUAAUUUAACGAGAAUAUUGGAGUGCAUUUUGUUACCAUUCUUAUUCCGUUGUGGCGAAAUGUGUUGUGACUCGAAAAGUGAAGCAUUAUUUUUGAAAUGGAAAUUCAACGUUUUUAUCUAUGGAAAUAAUAUAUUACAUCAAAAAUACACGAAGGUACAAUUUUACAUAAAUAAGAAGUAAGAACACUAAAUUUUGUAAGCAAUAGCCUUGAGUACUGAAUGAGAAUUGACGAAAUGCUUUGGACAUAUGCUUGAAAAGAUAAUAUUCAGCUUUGAGUGCCGUUAAAAUCUGUAACAUAUGCAGAAAACCCAUUUUACUUCAUUUCCUGUAAAAGUACGGUUCCUAAGCAGGAUUUCCAAAUAUAUAAAUCGUUUCAAUAUUACAAGAACAACCAAGAAAAUUCACCAGUUAUAGAUUAUAAUGUCUAGAACAUAAUUCUUAUUCAGCAUCUCUAAAAAUAUUCUCUUGAAUGUAACCAGGCCUAAAUCUGUUUCAUUUUGUUCUUCUGAAGUUUCUUGGGAUUGAAGUUAAGCGAUUUCAUAAUGAAUGGCAUAAUCCACGAAAAUAAUUCAUUUUUCAACGAAAGAUUGGCAUGUAGAAAUAUUUGUAACUUUGAUCUCUUGAAAUUAUCACGAAUUUUGUAAAACGUAUGGCUAAAUAUACAUAUUUUCAGAGAUUCAUUCCCCAUUUCAGAAUACAUUCCUAUUAUAAAUGUGAUCUUUCUUAUGUUUGUGAUAUUUUAUUUACCAAGUUAUUCUGUGAUUUUUAAUGUUUAAUUAUAGGAAGAUGUAAAAAGCACAAGUAUAUACUUUUAAUAAUUCGCUGUAAAUUCGCUGUUUUUUAUCGCUUAUUUUCGUUUCCUUUUAGUGAAAGCUGUUAGGGAUGUUUCAGUUGACGAAGUUCUUGAAGUUCACUGGAUUUUUUGUCAAUUAACGAGUAUCCUUCGAACGAGACAGCUUUCACUGAAUUUUGUUUAGGAGAAUUUAGAUAAAUUCCAGAUAACGGAUACAAAAUGGUAGAGAAAAGAGUGAGAUUGGUAGAGAACUGAGGAAAGUAAGUAUGAAAUUAAUGAACUUCUCGGAGUGUACCACACAUUCAGUAUUGAAAAAAAGCAAACUUAUUUUUCUAUUUUGAAUUGGUGUAUAUGGAAAUUUUUAUAUAUAGCUCACUGCCUUGAAAUUGUUACUUAGAAUAAAAAUGAUAACUGACAAUAAGCUUAUGGAGAUCAGAAUAAUCAAGUUUACCCUUGUCCAUUUGUCUUGCUCUUACAAUUAUAACGAAAUAAAGAUAAAUGUAUACUAUAAGUUCGUUCGCCUAAAGCUAGUCCCUAUUAUAUCCUUAGAACAAUAGCUUCAAUAUAUGGAAUAACUUUGUGAGGAGAGUUGGCUGGUACUUAAUAAUACCUUAAUAUUUUCAGCAAAGGAUGAUUUAUCUCAUUUCAGUUCAUCCUUCUAAUUCUGCUUAUCUCUUUAUUCUAAACGAGGAACUCUUCGUUCAUAUGUAUAUUUAAUAAUUAUUAUUAUUAUUGAACAUUCAUAGGUCGCUGACUAUCAUAAAAUUUCGAAUUGUUUUAACUGAAAAUGGAUCAAUUAAAGAUUUUUCAAUCAUGACAUAUUUUGGUAUUCUUAAAUUGAACGAAAUCAUUUCAGUGUCCAUUUAAUGGUUGAUUUAUUUUCGAAUUCCUAGAUCAUAUUCUACUCACAUCCAUUAUACAAUAGUAAUCAGAAGACACAGGUUUUCUGUUCAGUAUAUUUCAUUCAUUUUGAUGUAAUAAUAACUAUCAGCCAGUUCUCUUUGAUAGCACAUGGAAUUAUACACGAAGUUGGAUUAAAGAUAUAUAUUAUGCCUCAUUUAACGAAAUAAUCGAUUGAAUAUUGUUGAUAAGUCUUCUCAAAUGUUGUCAAUAAUAUGCCUGUGCUCAGUUGGUCUGUAACUUUCUCAUUUGAAAAAAUCAAUUAUUUUCGAUAUUACGAUGAAAUAUUUAUGAAUUGGACAGCCUAUUUUUCAUCAUCGUUAUGAAAAUUCACUAUUUCGUUUAUUAGGAUUUUAUAAUAAAAGCAUGUUUUCGAAAAUACUAACGAAUAUUAUAAUUCUAUUUUUCCAAUCAGAAAAUCAGCAAUAAUGAAAUUUGUUUUUGUAUAUAAACUGAAUUUGAUAUUUUUGCAAAUUAAUAAUUGAAAUUAUAGGAAAGAAAUAUGGUUCCCUAUGUAAAACAUGUCAAUAAUAUAGUUUACCUUAUCUGGUGAAAUACGAAAUUUUAUUCUUUUAAUUUUUCCUUUCUUUUCAUUAUUGAAACCAUUUCUGCAUAUUGAAUCAGACUGAAAUCUUCAGAUAUAAGAAUUUUUUUGGAUAUCCUGACAUGUUUAUAUAUCGUACAUCUUAUCAAUCACUUAUAAUCAAUAUAUUCUGAGCAAUAAUAAGAAGGUCAAGAUAUGAAUGAUGCUUUAGGCUCUUACAUUUGUGGAUUAUUUCUUUCAGUAUUACAAACUUACAAAGCCAAUUUUGAAAUUUUUUUAUGUACAACUUUCAUUUGAAAAAACUUGGAAAUGUUUCCCAUCUUAUGUGAAAUAUUCGAAUAAAAUGAAAUAUAAAAUUGUAA